UCAGCACACAGCAUGUUUAUUGCUCCGUUCAUACUGUGCAGAAGAAAGUAUUAUUUCAGCGUUAUAGUUUGCUUGCAGAUAUCCUCCGACUGGCAGUAGAGCUCUAUUCACCACGCGGCUGAAGCUUUUAUUGGAGACUGCGCACUUUGAGGAGAGAAACUCUGCUCUCUCGAGGAGGCUUUGACAGGACUGAAAAAGAGUGACUCUAAAGAACUCCACACGUUAUCCACAUGGCAGAGCCCAACUUCCCCCCACUGCCGGGGUUUAUUCCACUCAAGCCAUGCUUCUACCAGGACUUUGAUGAGAUCCCUGAGCAGCACCGCAGCCUGUGCAAGAAAAUGUACCACCUGUGGAUGUUGAACAGUCUUACUCUUGCGGUGAAUCUCCUUGGCUGCUUCGCAUGGAUGUUUGGUGGAGGUGGCGUGACCAACUUUGGGCUGGCUAUCAUCUGGCUCAUCAUGUUCACCCCCUGCUCCUAUGUCUGCUGGUUCAGGCCCAUCUACAAGGCCUUCAAGACUGACAGCUCCUUCAACUACAUGCAGUUCUUUUUUGUUUUCAUGGCCCAAGUGGGCAUCAGCAUCAUCCAAAGCAUCGGCAUCCCUGGAUGGGGAGUAUGCGGUUGGUUGGCUACCAUCUCCUUCUUCUCCUAUAAUAUUCUGAUUGCUCUGGUCAUGUUGGUCCCCACCAUCAUGUUCACUGCAGUCGCCUCACUGUCCUUCAUUGCCCUCACCAGGAUCCAUAACUUCUACCGUGGCAGUGGGGGCAGCAUGUCCAAAGCUCAGGAGGAGUGGACCACGGGGGCCUGGAAGAACCCCCACGUCCAGGCGGCAGCGCAGCAGGCGGUGGUGGGGGCCGCUACCGGAGGCAUGCAGGAGCAGCAUCCGAGCCCACAGUACAACACCAACCAGGUGUAGAGGUGUGAAGAAAAUACGUGACAGUUAUGCCAACAUUUAAACAUCAGGGUUAGGAAGAUGUUGUCAUGUUGUGGUUAUUAAGUGGAACACAAUUGCAUAUUUUGACAUCCAGUUUUACAUAAAGUAUUUAUCACGGAUGAUUUCAAGCAAUUUCAUCAUUUUGCAAAACAAAUCUCUCUGUGUGAAGCUGUUUUGUAUCUUCCCGUGUUUAAGGGCACGCUGGGUUUUUUCUGUUGUGAGGUUGAAAUGAAAGUAGUUUUGAAUGUUUGUCACUUUAGAGUGUUGUUUUAGGCAUUUUGACAAAAUAAAGCAAAAUGAUAUUUUUUGAUGUACAAUAACUUUGUGAUGAUACAGAUCUUUAUUUAGUAUUUAUGUAGCUAUAGUGCACUAUGUGAGAGAUACAUAUGUUUUCAAGUGACUUGUUUUUUAAUUCAAGGGCUUACCAAAGAUCCAAUGUAGCAUUGCUGAUUGACAUCAUGCUAAUUUAUGUGACCUCUGCAUAUUUCUAUAGAAUGAAUGUUUGCACUAUUUGUUGUGUUAAAAAUAACUGUAUCUGUAUCAAAGUCAGACAGUAUUGUUGCAAGAGUUCCCCUAGAUUUAAAUAUAAACAGAACAUUUCCUUGUACCUUUGAGUUGACUCUCUGAUGUACUUCCUGUUGGACAUUGGUGGACACUGAAAACAUCAGAUAUGUAUCACAGAAAAACAACAUCAGUGUUAAUGGUUCUAUGCAAAUUCAGCAGAAAACCAGUGAGCUAUCUGACCAAUGGGCUUGAACUGAAUGUACUUUUUAAAACUGUUAUUUCUUUCCUGCAUUUUGGCUGUUUGACCACUGAGAGGCGCUGAUGGUUCUGGUAUGAAAUAAAAACACGUACAGAUUA